GUUGGAUAAAGAUUGUAAUUUGAUUUUCCUCCUUACAGGGCAGCUGCUACCACCACCAGAGCAGGAGUUAGCAACCAAAGUUCUUCAGAUACAGUCCAAAAGGUUUUAUCUUGAUGUUAAACAGAACAGACGUGGCCGAUUUAUUAAAGUAGCAGAGGUGGGACCAGCAGGAAGAAAGAGUCGUCUAUUAUUAGCCAUGUCCACAGCUUUAGAGUUAAGGGACCAUCUAACAGUUUUUAGUGAAAUAUAUGCCUCUUUAGGUCCUCCGAACCCAGACAACCUACCUGAAGACGGAAAGUUAAAAAGUGAAUUAAUGAUUAAAGAAAAUAGACGAUACUAUCUUGACCUGAAAGAGAAUUCUCGGGGAAGGUUUUUACGGAUAUCCCAGACUAUUACACAAGGAGGACCACGGUCCCAGAUAGCCAUCCCAGCACAAGGAAUGAUAGAAUUUCGUGAUGCCCUCACCGACCUUUUAGAAGAGUUUGGUACGGAUGAUGGAACAUCGUUUGGGUUCAAGGGGGUCCUCCCUGAAGCUCGACACAUGCGGGUAGAAAACAAGAAUUUUUAUUUUGACGUUGGACAAAAUAGCAGAGGAAUCUUCAUGCGAAUAUCAGAGGUGAAAAAUAACUUUAGAACUGCCAUCACCAUUCCAGAAAAAUCCUGGUCACGUUUUCGAGACACAUUUACUGAGUAUGUUGAUAAAAUGAAAGAUCUCACAGAGCCAUCGAAUGAAGGUGGAAAGUAGGGUACAGUGACUGUUGUUGAUUACCGACCAUUGUUAAUGUGACAUUAUCUAUUGUUAUCUGUGAACGUGAUGGGGAGGGAAGCACUCUGGUGUCACUAGUUUCUUCUAGAAGAAGCUGCUGACAUCAUCUGUUGGCUACCUGAUACACUGUAGGAAAUGGCUUGCUUUUUCAAUAGCAUCAGAUUGUCUUCUAUUUGUUGUGUAGGCAGAGUUUUUUAUUACAACCACGAAGAGAAGAACCCGGUGAAAGGUGUACAGUUGACCGAAUAAUAAACUAUUAAUGUUAA